GAAUAUUAAUAUGGAUGCAAAUUCAUUGCGAGGAUGCCCAGCCAACGCAGCGCGCUGAUGUCUGCGCAUUUCUGUUUUGACGUUUUUAUUCACCGCUCUCCUCCUCCUCCCUGCUCGCUUCUGAUCUGAACUGGAAGCAUGGCUCUUCCUUGGGGGGAGCCUCACCGAGGAUCUGUUUGUGUACCUUGGUGUUGAAGCCAGCAUGAUGGUCUGCGCGCAGACCGCAGCACACAGAGCGCGCCGUUUAUCGUGAAAAUGGGAGAGCUUUCACGUCAGGCGUCAGUCCACUGAUGUGCGUCUGAAUUUCAAGCGUCUAUUGACACAUCUGCGAUCGGAUUUUCUCCGCCGACCUCCUCUGUCUGCCAAAGACAGCUGUGUCAUCAACAGCCGGCGUGGUUUUGUUGUUGUCUGAUUUUUUUUCUUCCAAUUUUUUUUUUGUACAACUGGAUAGAGCCUCUGCGCCAACCCUAUCCUGUAGUCUCCCAGGGGAGCUGCCUUCGGCACACGCCCGCUCCUGAGUCUUCUCCUGUACCAUGAGCUCUGGCUCUGCCCAGGAUGUGGCAGUCGAGCAUUUCUUGCGUGACAUAGAGAGGCGAAGCAAGCGGCUACACUGCGCUGUGAUAGGCUGCGAGGAGGAGCAAUCCUGCAGCGACAUGAACCUGCUGUACCGCAAGAGUCGCUUGGACUGGAGGCAGAGAGAGCAAGAGGGAAGUAAGAAGAGCUCCACCCAGAAUGACCCAUCAGCCACUGUGGGUAAAGUUCGGGACUUGGCUUCUUUCCGACGACAUUUCCGGAUGGGCUUUAUGACCAUGCCAGCCUCCCAGGACCUGUCCCCUCACACCUGUGCCUCUGCCAUGGCACCCCGCUCUCAGUCCUGCCACGCGGUUGGCGGUGGGGAUGCAGGCCUUGAGAAUGGAGAUUACUCCGACACUCAGUCGCAGCCAGGCGGCCGCUGCCCCCCAGCCAAACCCAAACGCCAUCCAAGUACCCGCCUCAGCUCCUCGUCUGCAGAUAGCAGAGGACCCCCUGAGACCCCGCCGCCACCUUCAAGCUCCAGUUCGCAGUCCAAGCACUCAGAAAAGAAAAACUCCAUGAAGAAGUCUGACUCUGGGGAGAUUGGAGCAAAGAAGGUGCCUCCUUUGAAACCCAAAAGGAGUCCCAGUACCCAGCUGACAUUUGACUCCCUUCCUCCACGUGUGCCUCCCUCUGCCACCCCCUUGCCCUUCCAGGCAGCAGACUCUCAGAUUCAGACAGGAGAUGGAGAGGAUGAGCCAGUCUACAUAGAAAUGGUGGGCCAAGUGUUCACAAGAGAAAGCCAGACUGCUACGCCCCACCCCGUCACCCCUGUGGCCACCACGCCCGACUCUGACUCUGACCAGAGCGAGGCAAUCUAUGAGGAGAUGAAAUACCCGCAUCAGGAGGACAGAGAUUCCCACAGGCAUCUCCCUCCGAAGCAUGAGAAGCCAAAAUCCUCGAAGCACUACCAUAUCACCACUUCUUCCUCCAGCAGUUCUUCUCUCCCUCGCCCUUCCUCUUCGUCCCCAUCCUACAACAAACCCAAAGCUACAGUCUCCAUCUCCCAUUCCUCCCCGCUGCCUUCCUCUGCGUCCUCCACUCCUGUACCCCAGGUCCUGUCCACCAGUCCCCACACACCACGAGCUCCAACGCCCUAUCUGCUACAAGGAGGCAAAUCAGAGUCAGAGUCCAAUACGAAGAUCCCUGCCCCGUUCCCCAAUCUCCUGCAGCACAGGCCCCCUCUGCUUGCCUUUCCUCAGCCAGCAGCUGCCUCUAGCGGGGUUGGGGUUCAAAACAAGACGUCCUCAGCUAAAGCCCAAACAUCCAACACAACAACUCAAGCCAGCACCUCAUCAUCAGCUUCUUCUAAUGUUUCCACCACCCUAUCGGGGUCAAAAGAAUCAUCAGGAGGCACAUCACAGCAGGACAAAUACAGCCGAGACUCCCAGCUAGGUCCCGCUCCUGGACUGAGGGCCAGGAGUCACUCCACCCCACUACCUCCCUCCUCCAAAUCCACUUCUCCAUUCUCUCAUCAUCACCACCAUCCUCACCAUCGCCCCUCGCACUAUCAUCACUACCGCAAGCCAGACCGAGGAGACUCCCCUGCUCCAACCAAGAGCAGCUCUCAGACGUCCAACCAGGCAACGGUCCAGACGCAAACCUCAAGUACAGGCAAGGAGGGCAAGUCUGUGAGCUUCCUCCUGAAGUCUGAAAAAGGUGAAAGGGAGAAAGACCGGGACAGGGGCAGAGACAGGGACAAGGAGCGAGACAGAGACAAGGACAAGGACAGGGAUCGAGAUAAAGACAGGGAACGUGAGCGAGAAAGGGACAGGGAUAGAGACAGAGACAGAGAUGGAGGACCACACUCGUUACCAGUAGAGAGCGUCACCACCUCUAGCAGCCAAACACCUCAAAGCAGCACCAGCUCCACUCCUACGCCGUUGUCCUCUUCCCAGCGUCCUCAUUCUCGCCCACACCUCCGCUCUCACACACCCCACGGCCUACCGGCAUACAAGCCGCCCUCCUCAGACAGCCCGCUGUUGUGGACCUACCCAUCAGGUGGCUUUCGGAGGCCGCCGGCAUACGAGAGCUUGAGGGCCAGCUCUCAGACACCCUCUCUGCAACAGCCUUCAAGUCUCACUGGUCUGGGUGAGGGCACGUCUAAAAGCGUGUCCUCAUCACAGUCAAAAGUUGGCUUUAUGCCCUGGGACAGCAGCUCCAGCUUAGCUACGGAUGAGGGGUGUUACUGGCCCAUGCAUAGGAAACUGUCCUUCAGCCAUGGGAGCCGAGAGGCAGAGAAAGACGAAGGGCGGGCCUGGAAUGGCAGUACUGACGCACUGUUGAGGAUGGACAAGGAGGAUCUUGGUCUGGGCUCUCGAGGAGGCCACUCAGGAAUCCCUGUUCACUAUAGCGGUGCCACCAGCAGGGCUUUAGGUCACAGCGAGUCCUUGGCAGGUGUUGACAACAACCCAGGAUUCAGAGCGCUACCCAGAGCAGGACUCCCUCUUCCAUGCCAGACUUUUCCUGCCUGUCGUAACGGAGAAGUGGGGCGGCUGGGCCGCUCCUCCUCUGCUGCUGGAGUCAGACAGGUGGGUGGAGGAGACGUCCAUAGACAAAGCAGCCUGCCGGUACGAGAAGCCCUGAAUCAGCUGCAUGGUGUGUCCCCCGCUCAAGCUCCUUGCAGCCCCAGUGGCCCUGGCGUGUCGCGGCAGCAGCAGCAGCUUCAGCUCCAUCAACAGCAGCUGCAGCUAAAGCAGCAGAUUCAGCACCUUCAGCAACAGCACCACCUACAGCUGCAGUUCCAGCAGCUCGCCCAACUGGCACAAGGACAGCCUCCCGCCGGCGGGGGCACCACGCCGUCUGCGCAGACGCAGAGGGAUGGCAAGCUGCUUGAGGUCAUCGAGCGCAAGCGCUGCCUGUGCAAGGAGAUCAAGGCGCACAGACGGCCCGACAAAAGCCUGUGCAAACAGGACAGCAUGCCCAUCCUCCCCAGCUGGAGACGGACACCUGAGCCGCGUAAGACCGGCACACCACCAUGUCAGAGGCCACAGGCCGUCGUGUGGGACACGGCUAUCUGACCCCUCCUCCCCGGAGGAGCAGAUUACAUGACAUGAUCUUUCAGAUGAAGAUGAAAUAAAAACUUUACUAUUAACUCGUUAAAAACUCAUCUCCAGAUGUGGUUAGUGGAGACGCUGAACUUGAGCAACAAAAAAGAGGUGAGGAAAUAUAGUAAAUACAAUCAGACUAGAUUACUUUCUUACCCAACUGAUUUGUAUUUCCUCUGUACUACGUACUGCACUGAUGUGUUCUGAUUGCCAACGAGUCGUUUUUUUUAUUGUUUUUUUGCCACAAACACCAGUAUAAUCGCUAAUACACUAGAUUGGUGUUGCCAAAUAUCCUCCUGACUACUUGAGACACAAAGGAAUCAUGUACUUUACUCCAACAAAGUAUCGAAAACUACUCUGCGGACGUCGAAGUGUUUCUUGAAACUCGUGAAUGUAUAUGAGACGUGUUGGUAUCAAUAGAUUGUCAUUGUGGAUGCAAGUUAUCAUCACUGAGAAGUUAAAAACUACCUACUGUAUCCAUUUGCAUUUUUGUAAUGUAGAUCGAUUUACUUUGUCAACCUUUCUGCAAAUUUACAGCAAUACGUUUUGGAGAAAAGAAAAACAAAAAAAAACUGAAGGAACAUAUUUAGAAUAAAAAAACUUGUUUCAGCUAGUCUAACAUACAUAUCUGAGACUUGAAAAAGUCAUAUUUACUGUGUCAUACUCUGCAUGUCCAAAAAGUAGACAUGCCGUGCUGUAAGUGUAAAAACAAACAAACAAAAAAAUUUGAUCUUCACUUUGGUCCUGUGUGGUUGUGGGAAAAAGAUGAAUCUACCACUGAAAGGGGGGGUUAGUCCAGCCGAGUAUACUUAGACACAAAUUAGAGUUAAAAAAGAAAACAAACUCCAUCACCGGUCAUGCUUUUUAUCCCGUUGCACAUUAGCGUUUGGUCCACCGAGCACUGACACCCAUGAGCUCAAAGACAGUGCAACACGAUGCAACUGAUGAGACUGUGAGCAUCCAUCACCUCAAACCGAAUGCUGGAACGAUCCGCACAAAGAGGACAAACUUCACACCCCCAGUGUACUGUAAAUAGACCUGUACAAGUUGAUUGAAAAUGUAGCAGUUAUCUCCAUUUUCAUACUUGUAAUCAAUACAUAUUAUGUAGCAUAGACUGUAUAAACAUGACUUUGUUUCUUUGUUUUUGUUCUUUUUCUAAGAUAAUUAAGUACCUGCUGCAGACAGCCCAUGCAUUACUUAUUGUUCGAAUUGCAAACAAUGAGCCCUCUCAAAAAAAAAUACAACAGUUGUUUAUAUAAUUUUAUGCAAGAUUCCCUUUAAGCUCUGUUAUUUAUUCAACCCCCUUUUUCUACAUUCACUUUUAUUUGUGUACAGAUUUCAACUGCUUUUUGGUCUUAACAUUUUUAAUACUUUGCUGCUAUUUUAAUACCCGUGUCGUUCAUUGGACUACAUAAUGUUGCCAUGAUAAACUUUAUUGAGAUAAUACUUAUUGUUAUAAAUACAUAUAUAUAUAUAUAUACAUAUAUAUAUAUAUUUGGAUGGGAGGAGUCUAGGAAGCCACAUGAAGUUAAGUUUGUAUCUUAAAAAGUCAGCUCUCCUGUAAUAGUUUAAAGGCGCUUGAAUGUCUCUUGUUUGUUUUCUUUUUCUUUUUUUAUAAUAGUUAUGGUACCAAACUGUACAGUGCAGUACAUCCAGUGGAAAAAGACCUAUUUGAAAUGUAUGACUUACUCUUUAAUCCCCUUUUUUUUAUUUUAUUAUUAUUUGUUUACGUCCUCCUGCUCGUGUUUGAGGGUUUUUAAUUUUUACUACGCCUUUUGAGUCCAUUUCAUAUAAAGGAAAAAAAACAACAAAAACACACACAAAGAGGUCAACUCGGAUGAAAUGGGCAAGUGCAAUGCAUGCAGAGAUUCCUUACACUGAAAUGCUCCAAAUGAUACUUCCUAUUGUGCCCAGUUUGAGUUUAAAUACCAAGUAAUCACCUUAUACGUCUGAUGGACUGAUACGAAACCUAAGGUACUGGAUACCUUUUAUUUGUUUCCAGAAUAGUUUACAGAGGCUGUUGGUUUUGUGUGUCUUCUGAAACAGUGGCCAUUAUACGAGUGCCAUAUACUCUAUUGAUAUGGUAAGAUACGGUGUACCUUGGAAAUCACUGUAGUGCUAUAUUUGCAUUGAUAUUGUCAUUGGAAAUAAAUUUUAUAUA